UGGGGGCCAUAUGUUCCCUGCACGUCCUUGCAUUGUUUCUGAAUAUGUAUAUACUCUCUUUGCUCAGUAAAGAUCAACACGUCGUCUGCAUACAAUGAUAGCGGUGCGCAAACUCGCUGGUUAUCCUCGGCUUCUUUUCGCAGGCAACCCUUCGAAGCUUGACAUCACCACACUCGUCGCUGGUACACUGAGUGCAAUUGCCUCUGGCGUGCCAUUUCCGCUCAUUGGAAUCAUCUUUGGCCAACUAUUGGACGACUUCAAUGCUGCCACUUGCGACUCGACCAAAGCCGCUCAAGAUGGAACUCAAGGCAGCAUCAACGACAAGAUCCUUCUCAUUGUCUACCUGGCUAUUGCCCAAUUCGUUCUGAUCUACGCACAUCUGAUGUGCUGGAGCUUGAAUGGCACUCGUCUUGCACAACGACUGCGAGAGUCGUAUCUAGAAAGUUUGUUGCGACAAGAACCGUCGUACUUUGACAAACUGCCCCCCGGAGAAGUAGCGUCUCGACUGAAUGGAGAUAUCCAAGCGAUACGCUCUGGCACAAGCGAAAAGGUUGGCAUAUGUCUCGCAAGCUUCUCAUUUUUUGUUACGGCCUAUAUCGUUGCCUUCAUCAAGGAUUCACGGUUGGCAGGGAUGCUAGUCUCCCUGGUUCCUGCUUAUUUCUUGAUGUCUCUCGUUGGAAGCCAUUACAUUGAAAAGUACUCUGGGCUCAUGUCUGACUAUGCUGCUACCGCUGCAACAAUUGCCUCAGAGUCUUUAUCAAAUGUGGUCGUCGUGCAGGCGUUCCGUGCUAAUGCCCGACUCGAGGAGAAGUUUUCAAAGGCUCUCAAAGCGUCUGAGGCUGAAGGGCUCAAGAAGGCAGUCGCAGUUGGUGUGCAGUCCGGCGUGCUGUACUUCAUUGCUUAUGCAGCGAACGGUCUUGCGUUCUGGCAGGGUAGUAAACAAGUGGCGGAUAAAGUUGGCGGCGCAGCUGGUGGCGCUACUGUGGGUGCCACGUUUACUGUUAUUUUCAUCUUGAUUGAAGCUACAUUGUUGCUGAGCCAGGUUGCUCCUUUCAUUCACCUUUUUGGAGGGGCUGUGGCAUCCUAUCACAAGCUUUGUGAUGAUAUGCAUCGUAAAUCCCUGAUCGAUGGCACAUCCAAUACUGGCUUGCGGCUUUCUCAGCCCAAAGGAGCUUUCGAGCUUAAGGAUGUGUCAUUCAGAUAUCCAUCGAGACCUGAGGUUCCUGUGCUUGAUCAAGUGUCACUGCUCAUUCCUGCCAAGAAACAUACUGCCAUAGUUGGGUUGUCCGGCAGCGGAAAAUCGACCAUAGCCGGGUUGCUCACGCGACUGUACGAUCCUACUGAUGGUCAAGUGACAUUUGAUGACCACGACAUUCGCGAACUGAACGUACAAAAUCUCAGGGGCUACAUCAGUCUGGUGCAGCAGGAGCCAUCUCUUCUGGACAGGUCGAUUCUUGAGAAUGUUGCCUACGGCCUCGUGAAUUCGAAUAGGCCAGAACAUGAACAUCUAAGACCAGCUCUGCUGAGUAGCGACUUGUCAAACGUGGCCGACGAAGUCAGAGCAGGCAAAGGACUUUUGGAGUCUGCGCAAAACCAUGGUCCUGCCAUUUUUUCAAUCGUGGAGCUCGUCGAAAAGGCAGCGAAAUUAGCCGAUGCCCAUGGAUUUAUCCAGUCAUUGCAGCAUGGCUAUGGCACGGUUGUGGGUUCUGCUGGCAGACUUAUCAGCGGAGGUCAGCGUCAAAGAAUUUCCCUGGCUCGAGCACUUGUAAAAGAUCCCGCGGUACUUAUACUUGACGAGGCGACAGCGUCUUUAGAUUCCAGAAGUGAACACCGUAUCCAGCAAGCUGUAUCGAGCAUAUCCGCGGGUAGAACUGUUGUUACAAUCGCUCAUCGACUCUCUACUAUCACUAGCGCUGAUCAGAUCGUUGUCAUGCACAAGGGCCACAUCGUUGAAGUUGGCACUCAUGCUGAUCUUAUGGCUACGAACGGUGCGUAUGCCGAUCUUGUACAUCUGCAAACUUUGAAAACUCGGCACGAAGAGACGAAAGGGAUCGUUUCGGACGCUAGCAGCAAAUCAGACCAAUCUUCAAAUGCAGAAAUAGAGAUGGAAAAGAAACAAAUCGUGGAUGAGGCCCUCCAGAGCGACGAAGGCAAGGAAGUAGAUAGCUUCGAGCCUUCGGAUCCAACGUCCACGAAUGCGAAAAACGAACCAGAAACGCCGAAAAAAUCUGUUUGGGCUCUAAUUCGUAGCUACGCUCCAGCCUUGCGCCCUCACCUCCUUGUUGCAAUCGCUGCACUUCUGGGUUCGAGUAUCGUUGGCGGGGCCUUUUCCGGUGAAGCAGUCAUAUUUGGCAAUACAGUUGGUAGCCUCAACCUCUGCAACAGCCCAAGCUACAUUCGCUCACGAGGGAAUUUCUUUGGGCUAAUGUUCUUCAUCCUCGCAAUCAUCGAGUUCUUCGCAAACGUGGUGAGCUGGUCUGGUUUCGGCUGGGUAGCAGAGAAGGUUGUGUACACCCUUAGGGUGCUUUCUUUUCGUUCUUUGUUCGAGCAAGAUCUUCACUGGCACCAAUCAAAUGGCCGCACUCCUGCCCUACUUCUAUCAUACAUAACUCGGGACGGAAAUGCACUAGCAGGUCUUAGCGGAUCGGUCAUCGGAACGCUGUUUUCUAUAACGGUGAAUCUGAUCGCUGCCAUCAUUCUGACCCACAUCAUCGCGUGGAGAAUCGCAUUGGUUUGUCUUGCUCUUGUCCCUCUGCUCUUAGGAGCCGGUUUACUGGAACUUCGAGUGCUGGGCAAAUUCGAGGAAAAACACGAAAAUGCCUUCACAAGAUCGGUUGAUUUGGGCGUGGAAGCAAUCACUUCUAUCAAAACGAUAGCUUCACUUUCCCUGGAAAAGGAAACUUUGAAUACGUAUCGAAGGUCGUUGAAAGGCCCACGCAAGGAUACCUUAAACGUUACGUUACAGGCGAGCUUUUUCCAAGCACUCACUUACUUCUUCGGCAACUUAGUCAACGCAUUGGCAUACUGGUGGGGCUCGAAACAGAUAAUCGCAGGAAAUUACACGCAAACCCAAUUCUUGAUUGUGGUUUUCUCGCUGCUAGUCAGUGCACUGCUAUGGAGCCAGAUGUUUGCACUAGCACCUGAGCUUUCCAGUGCCCGAGCAGCUAUGGCACGUAUUUUGGGUUUGAUCGAAAUCGGGUCUGCAAAAAUGCAGGGAUAUUUGCAAAAUGCGGAUAACAGCGAAGAAUCGAGAUCUUGUGAUGUUGAGGCGAAGGCAGAGUCUAAAUCAAGUUGUUCGGAUAUUCAAGCUUCGAGUGUACAGCUUUGUGACGUACACUUUAGCUAUCCUGCACGGCCAAACGUCCAAGUUCUCAAAGGCUUGAAUAUUGACAUCAAGCCUGGCAUGUUUUGUGCACUGGUUGGGCCCAGUGGAGCAGGAAAAUCCACAGUCAUUUCUUUGGUCGAGCGUUUAUACACCCCCCAGUCCGGAGCAAUUAUCAUCGAUGGCGUGGAUGUGACAAAAGGCCGAGAUGUGUCAUUCAGAGAUUCCAUCGCCCUUGUUCCACAAGAAAGCGUUCUGUUCGAGGGGACAAUCGAAUUCAACAUCAGCCUCGGUGCUCGUCCCGGACAAGUAGUCAGCAUGGACGACAUUAUCAAUGCUUGCAAGCUUGCCAAUAUUCAUGACACGAUAGUUGGCCUCCCUCAUGGUUACCAAACUAUGUGCGGUCCAAAUGGCAGCCAAUUUUCUGGCGGUCAAAAGCAGAGACUUUCCAUUGCCAGAGCACUUGUUCGAAAACCUAAGCUCUUGAUUCUAGAUGAAUCGACCAGUGCCUUGGACGCCGAAUCAGAGAAGCUCUUGCAAGACGGUCUAGACAAAGCUUCUAGUGGUAUUACUGUCAUUGCCAUUGCUCAUAGAUUGCACACGAUCCGCAAAGCCCAGGCAAUUUUCCUGAUUGAGGGGGGUCACUGCGUUGAUUGUGGGACACAUGAGGAGUUGAUGGAGAGGUCGGACAGCUACAGAAUAAAUGUCAUGCAUCAAACGGUAGCUGAAUAAUGCAAAAAUAGGCGUUCUAUAGAUAUUAUCGUACAAUUCAGCAAGUAAAAAAAUAAUCAAAGCUUUGCGACCUGGGCCGCAUUCCAAGCCGCUCGA